CACUCUUGAUCUCAGAAGCAACAAUUUCACUGGAAGCAUACCAGCAUGGAUAGGAGAACGGCUAUCAUAUUUAACGGUUCUUAUGUUAAAGUCGAAUGCUUUUGUUAAUCACAUCCCACAAGAACUUUCUCAACUCCAAUAUCUACAAAUACUUGAUUUGUCAAGCAAUAAUCUCUCAGGUCCUAUUCCAAAGAGUUUGAGCAACUUGACUGCCAUGCAAAUGCUCCCAGACACUAUUGGUUGGAUACAUAUGGUGAUCGCAAAUAAAGAAACCAUGCUCUUAAGUUUUAGAGGAAGAGAUGAUGAAUAUAAUCAACGCAAUAUUGCAUUUCUAAAUUACAUUGACCUUUCCAAUAAUGAGUUGUCAGGGAACAUCCCUGAAGAGCUAGCAAGUUUGUAUGGUCUUCAGAGUUUAAACCUCUCUGGAAAUACUUUACAAGGUGAGAUUCCAAACAAAUUGGGUAGAAUGAAGCAGCUACAAUCACUAGACUUAUCAAGAAAUGAACUUUCAGGAAGUAUACCUGCAACUUUAUCAAACUUGACAUUCUUGGAACACUUCAAUGUAUCAUAUAACAACUUGUCAGGAAGGAUACCAUCAGGUAAUCAGUUCAACACAUUCAAUGACUCUUCUAUUUACAUUGGAAAUCAUCUUUGUGGAUAUCCUCUGAGUGACAAUUGCACUAAAGAUGGUGGAAUAAUUAACGAAGAGUUAAGUGCUGGAAAAGAUGAAGAUGAUGGGAUGCUAUGGAUGUACAUUGGAUCUUUGUCAGGGUUUGCAGUUGGAUUCUGGACCAUUUGGGGUGUCUUAAUAUUCAAGAAGAAAUGGAGGCAUGCUUAUUUCCAUUGCGUAGACAACACAUACAACAAGAUCUAUAUUUAUAUUGCAGUGAGCUUUGCAAGGAUGAGUAUCAAGAUGAUGUCGAUAAAUCAUUAGAGUGCUCAGAAAGAUUAUAUAUAUAUACACAUACACUUUUUUUUUAAUGUUUUAUUAAAAUUUAUGCACUUUACUUUUUAUUUUUAUGAAAGCUUCUCUGUAUCUUUGCUUCUCUAUUGUGUAUAUUUGAAUCAUGUAUGGAGAAUAUUUUA